AUGGGACUCGGGCGCAAGAAAUCAUCACUAUCAGUCAGAGAUUCCACCAAAGGUUCACCGCAGGCAGGGUUUCCGGCACGACGCACUUCUCGAACAUCUCUAGACGACACUGUGGAGCUCUGCGAUACCAACCUGAUAUUCAAUACUAGUCUCGCGGCAGGCAUGCCCAUGGGGCCUCUGGGACGGGAUCAGGUUCGCCGCAUACUCGAGGACCUACCAAGCCUUCAGCAAAUCUGGAUGACGACGGCGGAGGCUCUCAUAAUGGAACGCGGCAUUGUUGAGCGUACGCAGGACAUCAAGCGAAAUGCUCAGGUUAUGCUGGAACUGAUUCGAGACGAUGGUACGGAAGAGGAGGAUGAAUGGUGGUAUGGACGAAGCACACCUGAAUCUGUGCGUCCUCCACUUGAAGCUAUAGAGGAAGACUCUAUUGAUGGCGUUUGA